AAGAAGAAAGUGCGUUCCUUGUGCUUGAGACACGACGUUUCCAAUUGAGGGAAAAUGAUUUUUUUCUUUGGUGAAACUCAAUCGCCGAGUAGUCAAGAGGACACCGCAAAAGAACCAUCAACGAGCAUCGAAAAGCCGCCUUCUAUUCCGCGCCGUGGUGUGUCUUUUUCUGAACAUCUCGUUAGUCCUGGUAGGGGGGAACCCAAGACUCCAUCCCCUGCCGUGGUGUCGCCGAAGCAAGCUGCGCCAUCGCAAGGGGAAGGAGGAACCAGCUCACAUGGAAAGCCAAAUCCGCAAUCUGCUUCCGGACUCGAGAGCAAUAGCAUCAUUGGCGUGGUCCCACAGAGACAUAACAACCUUUACUACCUCUGGUACUCUUCUGCUCUUCUCCUUGGAAGCCUUGCAGUGCCCCUGGGGCUGCUUAUUAUGGCUUUCGUCCGCGGGCGACUGGCGACCAAGGAAGCAGACCUGCAGGAAAUCACCACCGACGUCAAUAUUUCAACGACGGACUAUUUACCCAACGUCCCCGAAAAGUGCCUACAACAAACUGUUGUGACAGAGCCCGACCCUGGCGGAAUCGUUCCAGUCACAUCAUUUCCUUCAGGCAGUUCAGCAGCGGCACUUCCGUUUUUCUGUGCUUACGAGACCGAGGUAUUACUGCCAACGCCUAACGCCAUCAAGAGUUACGGAUACUUUCUGCCUCGCCAUCUCAACGCUGAAUUUUGCCCGUUCAUCCUAUAUGAGUUCCUGGUACCGCGCCACGCUUCGUACAGCACAUUGCAACCGCAGCUCGAGGCAAAAUCUGGUCUUCGGGAGAUCCUAAGUUUUAAAAACAAGAGCAAACCUUGGGAGAAAACUAAGGUCGUCAUAUCCGUCGGGGGACAUCCUGAGGACCAAAUUCACUUCGCAUCUUUGGUGAAAGUACGAGGACGCAUGCGCGAGUUCACGCUGAGCCUUAUUACUGCCUCUAUCCACUACAAGGCUUCUGGAAUAAACAUCGACUGGAAGCACCUUAAGGAUUCCGACUGUACAACCGACCAGCACGACAACAUUCUGCUCCACAUUCUGGAAGACAUUCGAGCCGUCAGUGAUUUCAACAACAGACCACUCCUACUCAGCGUCUCUCUCGAGCCUGAUCUAGCGAGGAAUAAGAAGGACAUAAAGCCCCUUGAGGCUCUGGUGGACUAUCUCCUCGUGCAUACGCACAGACUACGUCCUUCAACCGGUCCUUGUCUCACAGACAGCACGGAACGAAACUCGCUUGUGAAGGAGAUCGUAUCACGCAUGGCGGAUAGUUCAAAGUUGUGUGUGAGCUUCUCCAUGUUGAUGAGAGGCCAAAUGCCCGACACGGUACAGAAAGAUCCGACCCCAGCAUUCCCUUACUCCCGGACCAAAGGACUGGCCACUCCGUACGAUAUCUGCUCGUUACGAAGGACGGGCACUCCAAAGGGUGUUCCUUGCGACGACAUAAUAGUUGCCGGAUCUGGUGGCCGUUACGAGUUCGGCUGGGACGGGGCAGAAACGAUCGAGAAAUAUGUGACCAGUCGCCCGACCACGAGACCGUGCGUCGUCUACAGGGACUUGGCCGCUACAGAUUUCCUAAGCAAGUGUACUGUCCCAUUCAAGAAAUUUUCGAACGUCUUCCAGGCCUACAAAACAGCAUUUCAAUCCCUUCCGGGCCCGUAGUGCGUUGUAGUACAACUUCGACGGCACGGAAACCAGAGGAAACACCGGACCCUUGAUAUUGGCCACGACUUAUUGAACACACUCUACAUAAAGAUAAGAUAAAAUAAGUUCAACACGUGCUUUAUAUGUGACUAUCAAGUACGCACAACAAUAAAAUGUAUACGCCUACACAAAUGUGUGUGCGUUGAUAUCCAGCCACAACUACAGAGCAACAUGGAGCAGCCGACCUCG